AUGGCUUACGAGAUUUGGCAAGUACCCAAAUCGAAGAACAGUCAAGCCGAUGCACUCGCCAAGCUGGCUUCGGCGAUAAACGACAAAGUCAGUAGACAGGUUAUGAUGGAAUUACUAACUCACCCGAGCACUAUGACGGUUGAUGUAUGUACCGUACGGUACGAGGACACUUGGAUGCCCUUAAUACAACCUUACUUAACAAACGUGGUUACACCACUCCGUACCUGA